GUAAGAUGGCGGAGUCCGGUGGUGGCGGUGGCGGCGGCAGCGGUGGCGUUGGCUUCGGUGCAGGCCCGGGCCCGGAGCGCCCAAGCAGCAUGGCUGAUAAGAAUGGAGCUCUCAAGUGCACCUUCUCUGCACCCUGCCAUAGCACCAGCCUCCUGCAGGGCCUGGCCACACUUCGAUCACAGGGCCAGCUCCUGGACGUUGUGCUCACAGUCAACAGAGAGACCUUCCAUGCGCACAAGGUGGUCCUGGCUGCCUGCAGCGACUACUUCAGGGCCAUGUUCACAGGCGGCAUGAGGGAGGCAAGCCAGGACAUCAUUGAACUGAAGGGCUUGUCAGCGCGUGGCCUGCGGCACAUCAUUGACUUCGCCUACAGUGCCGAGGUGACGCUGGACCUGGACUGUGUGCAGGAUGUGCUGGGCGCAGCUGUGUUCCUGCAGAUGCUACCAGUGGUGGAGCUGUGUGAGGAGUUCCUCAAGGCUGCCAUGAGCGUGGAGACCUGCCUGCACAUUGGUCACAUGGCCACCACCUUCAGCCUGGCCUCACUCAAAGAGUCGGUGGAUGCCUUCACCUUCCGGCAUUUCUUGCAGAUCGCUGCGGAAGAUGAUUUCCUGCAGCUGCCACUGGAGCGCCUCGUCUUCUUCCUGCAGAGCAACCGCCUACAGAGCUGUGCCGAGAUCGACCUGUUCCGAGCUGCUGUCCGCUGGCUGCAGCAUGACCCUGCCCGGCGGCCACGCGCCAGCCAUGUGCUCUGCCAUAUCCGUUUCCCACUCAUGCACUCGUCUGACUUGGUGGAUAGUGUGCAGACGCUGGACCUCAUGGUGGAGGACGUGCUAUGCCGCCAGUACCUGCUGGAGGCCUUCAACUACCAGGUGCUGCCUUUUCGGCAGCACGAGAUGCAGUCCCCGCGCACGAUUGUGCGCUCUGAUGUGCCCUCGCUGGUGGCCUUUGGUGGCACGCCCUAUACUGACAGUGACCAUGCUGUCAGUAGCAAAGUAUACCAGCUGCCUGAGCCAGGAGCCUGUCACUUCCGUGAGCUCACAGAGAUGGAAGUGGGCUGCAGCCACACAUGUGUGGCUGUGCUGGACAACUUCGUGUAUGUGGCCGGGGGCCAGCACCUGCAGUAUCGCAGUGGUGAGGGUGCAGUGGAUGCCUGCUACCGCUACGACCCUCACCUGAACCGAUGGCUGCGCUUGCAGGCCAUGCAGGAGAGCCGCAUCCAGUUCCAGCUGAACGUGCUGUGUGGCAUGGUCUAUGCCACGGGUGGCCGCAACCGGGCCGGCAGUCUGGCUUCAGUUGAGAGAUACUGCCCACGGCGCAACGAGUGGGGCUAUGCCUGCUCGUUGAAGCGCCGCACCUGGGGCCACGCAGGUGCCUCGGCCGGGGGUCGCCUUUACAUCUCAGGUGGCUAUGGCAUCUCAGUGGAGGACAAGAAGGCGCUGCACUGCUAUGACCCGGCAGUCGACCAGUGGGAGUUCAAGGCACCCAUGAGCGAACCCCGUGUGUUGCAUGCCAUGGUGGGUGCUGGCGGCCGCAUUUAUGCCCUGGGUGGCCGCAUGGACCACAUGGACCGCUGCUUUGACGUGCUAGCUGUAGAGUACUAUGUACCCGAAACAGACCAGUGGACCAGCGUGAGCCCCAUGAGGGCCGGCCAGUCAGAGGCCGGCUGCUGCCUGCUGGACAGAAAAAUUUAUGUUGUUGGGGGCUAUAACUGGCGCCUCAACAAUGUGACAGGCAUCGUGCAGAUAACUGCACCCCACUUCUCUGGAGCUGGAGGGGCUUAGAAGCACCCAACUUGGAUUGAUGACCAGAGGACAGUUCUGUCUCCCCAAUAGCCUAAGCUGCUGAAUGGGAGAGGGCCGCACAGGAGGGUUCAGUGUGUGUUCCUGUUCCUGUCCUUGGUCUGACCACCUCAGGGUGUUUUGCUCAUUCGCUUUCAGGAGGAGAAACCACAGCUUCCAGAGCUGGUCCUCAUGGAUGUCGGGCCUUCCACCGGGCACUGAG